AUGAAGUUGAUAAUUUUACUGUUUGUCUGUGCGUCUGUGCUGGGCUCGGAGUGUCCGAAUGUAAGGACCAGAAUUGGUUCCAUCAGGAAACGGAGGCAUCUGACUUUUCCGGAUGGAUCUACGUUGGUGUUGACAGUAUCUACAGCCAAGACGUUCCUUACACAUAUACCUUCCGGAUGGAAUUUAGUGAUGGAGCUGGAUCUGAUUUUCAACCUGCCAGGACCAAAUUUCACUGUAGCACAUGCUAGAAGAAAACUGCACCAUCGGCAGAAGAGACAGAUUUGGGAGCAGUUACAAAAAUCUAUUGAUUACUACAAUCUAAACGGACGAGCGUGUGUGUUAAGAAGCAUUUGCGAGGCUAAAAGCUAUUUGGCUCCCCCCGGUCGGUCCCUGGUUCAUGAUAUAUUGAGAUCAAUAUUCACGGCGCCAACACAUGAAGGUGACUUCAGGGAAGAAAUAAAAGACGUCUACGAAGAUAUUCUAGAUCCCAGCUACUGUAAGCAGAUGAACGAUUGUCCGUUCUCGCUGUUAAGUUUCAUAUUAUUCAUAAAUAAACAAAGGAAUUGA